UGUGUGCGCGCGCACACCCACACAAUCACAAGCUGAAACUCGCCCCUUGCGCCGAAGCUCCUUUUCCACCAUGGCCGAGCAGCUUCGGCGGCGCACGGCGAGCGCUGGUGGUGCUGGUGGCCCGAGGGCAGAGGAUCCCUGGAGUUCAGAAGCGAUGAUCCAGGCGGAAAUAGAACAGCUUCGGCCGCUGCUUGUGCAGCACCAGCAGCGGCGGGAGGAACUCCUUCAGGAACUUGAAGGUGCCCAAGAGGAGGAGAAGCAGGCCCAACACGCUUUGGAGCUUUCACGGCUCACCCAACAGGAGAAGCGCCGCAGGCUGCGGAAAACGCUGCAACACGCGGUGCAGACGGUGGUGAUGGAGCAGCGUUCGAUGAAGGCCAUGUCCACCCCGGAGCCGGAACUGCACGUCUUGGAGGAGAGGUUGGAUGAAAGCCUCAAAGGCUUAAGGCAUCAGAUACAUCGCUUGAAGUACAGCGAGCAAGACAAGCAGGAAGGUGCCUUGCGCAUACAGAACUGGUGGCGCUGCAUUCUAGCGGCGCGGGUCCGCCGUUUGUUGCGGAUCUCCAAGGGCAUGUGGGAGCUGAAGCGAAAGAUGAGCAAAGCCAGUGUGACUAUCCAAAGAUGGUAUCGGGCCCAUGUGGUCAGGCUGAGAUGGCAGGAUGUCUUGAAGGCUGCGACGGAGAGGCGUCGCAAGUCGCUGGAAGAACGCUUGGAGCAUCAGACCAAGGUGGUGAAGGUGCUGCAGCGUGCCAUCAGGAUCUAUUUGGCCAAGAGGCGCUUGGCUCGGAGCCAGGAAGCAGGGCGGGAGGUGGUAGAGGAUCGCAUCGAAAGAGGUUCAAUCAUGUAUGUGGACAACUGGCGGCCUGCCAGCAAGCAACAAGAGCUUCGCGACAGCUUGCCUCCAGAGGACUUGGAGUUGAAGAAGAUGAGGGAGGCCGGUUUGAUCCCGUUCUACUCCCGGACCAGCAACACCCUCCGACACCGCAUCGGCGGCCCCUUCGCACUGCGGAUCCAAUUUCGGCUCGGAAUUGGCAUUGGCCAGCGAGAACCUGCCGAGGAGACCAAUGCUGAGGCGCCUGAGGAACUGAAACAGGAUUCCACAUCGGCAAGUCCAAAGAAGAAGCGGAUCUCUCAGAGCAAAGCCCUCAAUGCGGAGGACGACUUCUUGGGCGGUUGGGAGAUCUAUCCUGAAGGCCUCAGCGAGGGCUUCCUCAAGACCCUCACCUACGACCUGCGCGGCUCCGGACGGAGCCCAACCUCCCGACGGCCGAGACCUCGGCCGCGGGAAGGUCGACCGAGACCGCGGGAGUCUCCGCGGAGACGGCCCUGCACCAAGCCGGUGGAGGUGGGGCCCUUCCAAACGGAGCGGCGGGCAGAGCAGCGGGAGCACCAGCAGCAGGAGGAGACGGCCGCCCAGAUCAAGGCGGAGGCCAUCAAGGCAGUGGCUCACUUGCAGCAUCCUUUGCUGGAGGGUCUUUUGCCCAACGUGCCCAUGCACGUGCGGCCGGCUCCCCCCUCUGCGCCACCGAUGAGACCCAGGCCCAACUUCGGCUGCGGCCGUUUCCACCAGGAGUGCUCCUGGUCUGAUGCCAAAAGCUUCUACGCCGAGGGGAGGCGGAGCGAGGCGGCGGCUUCCACCUGGCGAGGGGGAGGCUGGCGACACCUGUAAGCGCCUGUGUGGCGCCGGUGGGGUCGGCAUCGCACCUUCGGAAGCGAAAGCCAUGGAACGUUCCGAGGUCGGGACAUGACGGGAGUCCAGUCGGCUUUCGAAGUUGGACAUCCGACCACUUGGACGUCCGACCGAAGUCGUGUCCUGCCUGAGGUGGUUCACGGCUGAAGGCUGCCCCGUCCAUCGCCUUUUGCCCAAACGUCCCAGCAGCAUCCCCAACGCACCAAACCCCGAUGCAAGCGUUUGUCCCUGUUCUCGCUGCUAAAUCAGAG